AAAGAUAGUUACGUAAUCUUGACUAAUAUUAGAUCGCGUACACAAAUUGCAUUUAUUUUGACUAUAAUCAACAAGUGUCUGUGUCCCACGUGACGUGUAAAUCAAAUACCCUUUUCACAGUAAUUUCUUGAGCCGCCGCGCCGCACCCCUCAACUCCAACCUCCUCCACGGCACCGCUGCCGCCACCACCACCAUUUCCUCAAAUUAAAACAAUCGUCACUUCCUCUCACCUGAAAAUGAGCUGGUCGCUACAUCUCCCCCUCAACAACCCUCACUCCGCCGGCCUACACGGCUCUCUAACCCUCAAACCCGCCAAUUACUGCUCCGCGCCCGCGGCCUGCCUCAAUGUGGACGUGCGUACACCCGAUUCCCACCGGACCCCGGCGCUCCACGAGAAGAGGAGCUCGGAAAUAAUUGCUGACGAGAAGAAAUUCAUCGUGGGGACGUACGCUAGGGCGCAGGUGGUGCUGGCGAGUGGCAAGGGCUGUAAAUUGUACGAUGUCGAAGGGCGAGAGUAUCUAGACCUCACCUCCGGAAUCGCUGUGAAUGCCCUCGGCCAUGGGGAUUCUGAUUGGCUGCGCGCCGUCACGCAGCAAGCUGAGGUGCUCGCGCACGUCAGCAAUGUUUACUACUCUGUUCCGCAGGUAGAGCUUGCAAAACGGCUGGUUACCGGCUCUUUUGCUGAUCGUGUAUUCUUCUGCAAUUCCGGCACUGAGGCCAACGAAGCAGCAAUUAAGUUUUCAAGAAAGUUCCAAAGAUAUUCACACCCAGAUAAAAAUGACCCUCCCGCGGAGUUUAUCGCCUUCUCAAAUUGCUUCCACGGUAGAACAAUGGGUGCUCUCGCACUAACGAGCAAAGAGCACUACAGAACACCGUUCGAACCUGUUAUGCCCGGGGUCACUUUCUUAGAAUACGGUGAUACUCAAGCAGCAGUGGAAUUGAUUCAGAGUGGAAAGAUUGCUGCAGUGUUCGUGGAGCCAAUCCAAGGCGAAGGCGGUAUAUACAGCUCAACCAAGGAAUUCCUGCAAUCAUUGCGAACCGCCUGUGACGAAGCUGGAUGCCUUCUUGUAUUCGACGAGGUACAAUGUGGCUUGGGUCGAACAGGUUAUCUUUGGGCUCAUGAAGCUUAUGAUGUAUGCCCUGAUAUAAUGACUCUUGCCAAGCCUCUGGCCGGAGGUCUUCCCAUCGGUGCUGUACUGGUGACGGAAAGGGUCGCUGCAGCCAUCAACUACGGGGACCACGGCAGCACAUUUGCGGGCAACCCUCUCGUCUGCAGUGCUGCAAUCGCAGUUCUUGACAAAAUAUCGAGUCCGGUCUUCUUGGCUAGUGUUUCUGAGAAAGGCCAGUAUUUCAAAGAUUUACUAAUCUCAAGUAUAGGAGGGAACUCCCAUGUGAUAGAGAUUCGCGGUUUUGGGCUGAUCAUCGGCAUAGAGCUGGAUGUGUCUGCGUCCCCCUUAGUCGAAGCGUGCCAGCAGUCGGGUCUCCUCGUUUUAACUGCGGGGAAAGGGAACGUGGUUCGGAUCGUGCCGCCAUUGAUCAUCUCCAAGGAGGAAGUGGAUGAAGCUGUUGAGAUCUUGAAGAAAUGCUUUCAUGUACUUGAUGAUGCUACCAGCACUUAGCUGCCAUUGAAAUUGCCUCCCAACUUAUACUAUUUUCUUCAACUUAGACCUUGGUUUUGAGAUUUGGAAUUGUAUCAUGUUGUUGUUCAUUGUAGAUUCUCAUUAUGUGCUUCCGUGUUAUAAAAAUAUAUAGCACUUUCUAUUUUA